AUGCUCCGCCCCGUCGUGUCGACGACGGCGCGCCCGAGUCCAAACUGGCACUUUGCGUCUGGCGCCGCCGCCCCCGCUGCUGCCCCCGCGGCUCCAGCAGCGCCGGAAUCCAUCAUCCUCGACUCGCCUUCGCCCUCGUCCCCCACGUUCGAGUCAUUCGACCUCACCGUCCCCCCGAAGAACCCCCUGGCCGUCGUCGCGGGCACCGCCGAGGCCGACGCGGCCGGCCUCGCCCCCCUGCUGGCGCUGACGUCCAACCCCGCCCUUGGGCAGUUCAGCGCCCACCUCGCGUCCGCGCUCGAGGCGUACGUGUCCGCCACGGCGCCUGUCGAAGCCUUGCCCGGCCUCACGCCGGCCCAGCGGCUCUUGUUCCUCUUCGCUAGCCCAGCACUCGCCGGUACAUGGGCCAGCCUCGGCGACAUUGCGACCACGCUGGGGUCGCGGCUGGCGGUGCGGGAUGAGAAGCGCAUCCAUGCGUGGGGCGCGUCGCAGGCGACCAGUGCGCUCGUUUCGCGGUAUCGCGAUGAGGUGAGCAGGCGCGGCGAGGCGAGGCGCGCAGCGCCGAGCCGCGGUGGUGGUCGUGAUAACUGGCUGACGACACAGGUCGGUUCAUUCGUCACGGCGUACGAUACAGUCGAUGCGCUAGUCACCGACCUCGCAAGUGACAAUGAGCAAUACGCCCUCGCAGUCCUCACCACCUACGUCGACGCGCGCCUCGCUGCCGGCUAUACACGGGACACGGCGUCGCGCCAGCUGUCGUUCGUGCAGCAGAGCGUGCGGCGCUAUAUCGCCGUGUUUGCGGCCGCGAGGGAGCGGUACGCUUUUGCCGUGCUUACGUGGUAA